AAAUUCCAGCCAGCUCUCGUUUUUUCCACCUGGCCGACAUUCAUUGAGAAAUCUGGAGAGAAGCUGUUUGGCUUGGAUGGAAUUUAUGAACGUAUUGAGGACAUAAUGUACUUACUUGCAAUCAGCGCACUGUCAGGAACCGGUUUUAUCGUAGGUCAGGAUUUUGUGAAUACCGUCGUAUGCGACCCAUUGUUUACCGUAAACCGCGUGGAAUUCACGGUUAAGAAGCAGAAGGUGUUGCAGGUGUUGUAGAUAUUGUACUUAAUGUGCAUGCUUAGUUCCGUCUUUCAAGUUCCAGCUUCCAGCUGUAUCCAUCUGCUGAACACCUACGGUGGUACCUCACUUACCUCUCUUGAUUCAAUCAGUCACAGCAAUUUGUAGAUCACAUUUAGUUUAUAUUUUUGUGAUUAUAGGACUGCCGUAAACGAUGUCAUUUAGACCUAUACCGGUAGAUUGCUUUUUGACCGGCUGUAUGAAGAACUAUGAACACGAAAUAAUAACUGGCAAGCAAGUGAAUCUACCGUACUUCGUUUUGCGGUUACGAUUGAGGGACAUCCAGACUCCAGAGUGCACUGAAAUUUACCGUGUUGUUUAUAGAUUGCAUAAGCAGUCAGCAAAAGUUCCAAGAACUGUAGUGAGAUUAAAUUUUAGAGAGAUUGCUGAAGCAUUCUUUCAGUUGAUUUAGGGUCCCUUGUACUGCGUUAUUUUAUCAUGAUCUUGCUGCUUUUCUACAUGGCUUUAUUGUUGUUGCUGAUAAUCCUUCUGUCAGCUGUACGAUUAUACCUCAGCCGACCAGGACAGGAUGGAACACCACCAGGACCAAUCGGUGUCCCUUUUCUCGGAUAUAUACCAUUUUUGGGCAAAUAUCCGUGGGUUGGAUUGGCACGGUUAAGGAAGACAUAUCCACAGAUAGUGGCUUUAUAUUGGGGCGGCGACUACACGGUAGUGUUGCAAGACUAUGAAACAGUUCGGGCCGCUUAUGUCGACCAGGACGAACUCUUCCUAGGAAGACCAGAGGCAUUUCUACUGCGCUACUUCAGCACAGGAAGAGACGGAAAAGUUCAUGGAAUAAUGCUUCUGGAAGGCGACAAAUGGCGAGCAACUCACAAUUGUCUGACAAACACAAUAAAAAACGAGUUGGGAGCGUACACUGACAAAAUGGACAGGAUAUUUGUGGAAGAAUCUCAGCGAAUGUCCCAGAACUUUGCUCAAGCCGAGGACUUUAUACCAGAUGAUUUUCUUAACCACGCUAGCAUGAGAGCAGUUGGGCGCGUCUUGAUUGGACGACCACUGAAUAGCAAAGAAUUUGCCCAUGUUACCCAGCACGAUGCGACUUUUUUGGCGCAAAUCGCCGGUGGCGUAGUGACAAUGUGGCCUUGGACGAGGUGGGUGCCUGGACCGACGAAAGCUGCUUGGAACGGCGUGCAACAUGCUGUAGAAGAGCGCUUCCGGUUGAUCGAACACGAAUUAGACGAACGUUCUCAACUGACCAACAUGCCAGAAGAAGUCAGGGAUUUUAUUGGCGUGUACCUUCACUCCAAAAACCAAGGGAAUGAUAAUUCGUUCGCAAUUCAAAGUCGGGAUGAUCUGGUGACGACGAUGGUGGCCGCCUUUACUGCUGGUUCAGAAGCCAGCACGGUGACCAUGCUUUGGGCGAUUCUUUACAUGUGCGCAUAUCCCGAUAUUCAAAAUAAGGCACAGGAAGAGUUGGAGCGGAAUAUCGAGCCCAAUCGCUCCGUCUGUUACAGUGAUAUUGAAAGAUUACCAUAUACCGUUGCCGUGCUUUAUGAAACAAUUCGCCUAAGUGGUUUAGACCCAUUGGGAGUGCCGCGUUCAACAUUAAGAGAAACACACUUACUCGGCUACCGUAUACCAAAGCGCACAAAGGUCAUGCCGAAUUUCUGGGCUAUCAAUCGCAAUCCAGACUAUUACCCCGAUCCAUUGGCUUUCAAGCCGGAGCGAUUCAUUGGAGAAAAUGGAAAAGUGCAGUUGCCCAAGCAGUUUAUUCCUUUCUCUACAGGAAGCCGAACAUGCGCUGGAAUGCAUUUGGCCAAGCAUCUGACUUUUGUAUUUUUUGCGAAUAUCUUGCGAAAUCUACGAGUUCGGUUAGCAGAUGGCCAGAAACUUCCUGCGUUUGAUGAUUACCGUCCUGGAGUGUCUCUGAGACCGACAAUUUUUAAAAUUCAUGCUACGCGACGCCUUUAAAUUUGUUAAUGAUCCUUCGUGACUGUCUGCGAGUGCAUUGUAUUUCUUACUGGCAGCAAGCUUCGUACAAAUUGCUGAAUCGAUCACAGUGAGAAAAUGCGUGAACAUGAAAGCCGCGAAUUUGGACUCUGGAUCCAGUCUCGUAUCCGACAGGAGUAUAUACGAGAACAAAUGCAUCGGUGCAGUACUGUAUUCCCAGCUGUAAUUGCAAAUGUUUUUCACAGUGCAUAAUACAAUACUGAUAGCUGUAAGUUUUG